CAACCUCUACGCAACUUACACAAGAAUACCCGCACCAAGACGCAAAAACCCAUUUCGUUUCGUCAGCAAUGCAACCAAACCGGACACUCCAAAUUCUGAACAAGGCAGCGAGAGAAAAAUAUGGAGUGCUUGCAGCAAUUGCAUACAACAUCGAACAACUCACGGCCCUAGUCCGCGCCGCAGAAUCGAAACGAUCGCCCUUAAUCCUGCAAUUAUUUCCUUCUACGCUCAAACAGCUCCCGACUCUUGCUCACGCCGCUGCGGUUGCUGUCAAUUCCGCCACAGUCCCGAUAUCUCUACACAUAGACCAUGCCCAAGAUGAAGUGCAUAUCAGAGAAAUCCUGACGACUCUUCCAGUAGACUCGAUAAUGGUGGACAUGAGCCAUUAUGAGAAAGAGGAAAAUUUAGAAAAGACAAGAGUACUUGCAAAGGAGUGUCACGAGAGAGGAAUUGCAGUGGAGGCAGAAAGCGGAAGAAUUAAUGGUGGAGAGGACGGGAUUGCUGGUACCGGGAAUUUAGAAGCUCUUUUCACAACCCCUGAAGACGUCGAGGACUUCAUCAAAGCCGAAAUCGACAUCCUUGCCCCUUCGAUUGGCAACAUUCACGGCGAUUACGGACCUCAGGGUCCAGCACUCGGUCAAAUACAUUUCGAUCGCCUGGAAAGCAUAAACAAGCAGACCAAUGAUCGUGUGCUGGUCUGCUUGCAUGGAACGAAUGACUUCACGGCUGAGAUCAUGAAGCGGUGUAUAGAAAACGGGGCGAUUAAGUUGAACGUGAAUAAGUUGCUGCUGGAGGUCUGGAAUGAGUUCCUAAGACAAAAUGCCUCGAAGAUGCCGCUAGUGAAGCUAAUUGAUAUGGGAAUUGAGAUUUUGCAGAAAGAAACGGAAAGGUGGAUGGAUAUUUGUGGGAGUAGUGGGAUGGCGUGAGAGGCCGGCAUGUUAGAGGGAUUUGGCCUAGCUGGACAAAGGGUUGUGUGGCCGAAGUUCGAUGAUACAAGCAGCUGUAACAUCAAAUUAACAUUAGGAUCACGAAAAGGGUAGAAAGGUCUGCAAACGACAAAAUUCCCUUGCACUACAUGAUCAGAUCAUCC